AUGCGUGACGAGCAAUCGACGAAGUCGACUGCACACGAAUUCCUCGCAGAAGGCCUUCCAGCUCUGGGGCAUACAGUGAUACCAGUUGCACCGAGACAGCUGCCGACGACACCGGAUAUCACACCGUGUGCGUCAAGGCAGCUGCCACGGUCGCUGUCGUCAGAUCUCACCCCAACUGCAUCAAGGCAGCUGCCACGCACGCUGACGCCUGACGCGUCCUUGUCAAGACAGUGCUCGAGUUCAUUCUCUCGCACACUGACGCCGGAGGUGUCGAAGCAGCUCAUGCGCCAGGAUAGCAAGAAUUUGCGAGGCAACGCCAUCGGGUACUUCGAGGUAGACACCGAGAUUGUGCGGGGCAUCUCGCUGCGACAGACACUUCGAGAGGUCAGGGCUGUGUGGCUCCGACCUCCGGCCACCAUGCAAGAAGAGGAGAGAGCCGCACUCUAUACGAGGUCCCGUCCGGUGCAGCACUUCGACCUCUUCCUGUCGCAUACAUGGCGCACGCCAGGGAAGUGGAAGGCAUUCGCCCUGCUCUUCCGAACAGGCUGGCCCAUCAUGCUGCUCGGCAACGCAGUGUCAGUGUGCCUGGCAUUUUGCUUGUGUGCGACUCGUGUGCUCCCCAUGCCCUUCGACUACGCGCCACCACUCGUGAACUUCAGCAGCACCAGCAAGCUUGGGUGCUGGCUAAUCUGCUUGAGCAUGGCCGGCUCCCUCAGCGGCCUCUUACUUUCCCCGUUCUUGCCCUCGAGUUUCGGGAGCUCAUGCUUUCUGGACGUUGUAAGCGUGCACCAGUCGGAUCAGCAGCUGAACGAAAGGGGCAUUUAUGGAAUCGGGGGAUUCUUGGCCGUGUCCCGCGAGAUGCAGGUAUUGUGGUCGAGGCCGUACCUUUCACGCCUUUGGUGUGUUUUCGAGCUUGCCGCAUACCGCACAGCCAACCCCGACGGCAAGAUCACCCUGGCGCCGCUUUACGUUGAGCAGAUUCUUGCCGUACUCCUCAUCUGCGCUUAUGUCAUGGCCAUGACCUUUGUGCUUUCUCGGGCCUUGCUUGAGGAAAGGCUUCGCCUGGUCGCCUACGCGGCAGCUGCAGUGCCGACCCUGAUUGCCGUGCACAUGCUCCGCAGGUUCUUUCAAGACAGACAACAGCUGAUGAUCGACUUACAAAGUUUCGAUUUGGACUCCGUGGGGUGUCAGAACGACUUUGACCGCGAGUUCAUCCACAAAGCUAUCCUUGAGUGGUAUGGAAGUAAGGAUUGCUUCAAGGACUUUGUGCAAGGCCCCUUGCGCAAAGAGCUUGUCGGGAAAGGUUGCAAGAUUCACCUGUCGGGGCCUUACCUGGCCCUGCUCGUGGGUGUCGCCAUGACGCCCGGUUUGGAGUUCACACUGGCGAUCUACUGCGGGGACGCCCCGCCGCUGUCCAUGCUCGCCAACGUCGUGGCGGGAGUCUUGGGCUUCUCGGUGCUGUGGACCAUCUUUUCUGCACGAGUGCUCCUCUACUUCUGCAACGUGGCUGCCAAACCCAUCGCUCCGGAAUUCGACUGCCUGCAGACCAUUCUGGUCUUCACCAUCGUCGGCCCCGUUUGGAGCUCGGGCGCGGCCCUGGCGACCACGGCGCAGAUGCACUCCUUGGAGGCCUCCUUCGGCUGGCUUGGCUUCGCUGCCGUCUUACUGGCCUUGUCGUUCACCAGCCCGCGCCAGAUUCUGCACUUGGGCUCCCGAAACAAAGUGCAUCAAGAAAGCGGGCAGGUGUAA